AUGACAGACAUCAAAGAACCCCCACAGCCGGAGGAGUGGCACCUGAUUGGCCUUCUUUCUUCCUUUCCAGACAUAAGCCAAGACAACGAGCGCCGUCAUGUGCUACCGGGCUGCAAGACACUUAGUGUUCCGAAGACAGACAAACCGCAGCGAACAAACCGCUUAUCAGAUCUUGAUUAUCAGGUGCUCGUGUUCAAGUAUAAGGGAUUUCUGCACGCCAUUGACAAUGCAUGGAGUGUUUUUGAUAUCGAGGAUUUGGGGACGCCGCAUGGCGCUGGUAUACGCUGUUUUCGACAUGGAUGGAAAUUCGAUCUUUUCACUGGGCAGGGAGAUGCCGGUCCCCAUAAGCUUAAUUUGUGGGAUAUUGAGCUGCGGGAUAUUUCAUUGGAGGCUGGGGAUAUAUCUGCGACUGCUGAUAAAGAGGUAUGGGUUAGGAGGCCACCACAGGCUCGGUGA